AUGCGACCAGUACUCAGGGCCUUGCGGGCGCUGCCCGCCCGAGCCCCUUGUCGGCCCUGGAUCUCGCCUCACCAGAGCAUUCUAGCUCGGGGUACUCGAUUAAAUAGUUCCAAUGCAGGCGCAGAGAAGACGAAAGAGCAAAGUAGCUCCUCGAGCUCAGAGUCUUCAACAGGUGCUCCCCCAUUGCCAUUCUGGACGCCGACGAAGGCUCUCCUCGUCUCCGCGUUUGCUGCGGGGUUGGGAUACGGAUACGCUUCAUACGGCCAGGAACUAGCACAGGCGUCUAAGAAGCCGCAGUAUGGCUCAACUAAGGAUUUCGCAAAGGCCAUCAGCGAACUAAGAACUAAACUAGGCGAUGACGCGGUCAGCACCGAAGAAGACGAACUCCAACUACACGGAUACUCAGAAUGGUCCAGUCUUAAUGCAGAGCGGUUACCCGUCGCGAUUGCCUACCCCAAGACCACCGAAGAAGUGUCUGAGAUCGCCAAGAUCUGCAACAAGUACCGUAUGCCCAUGAUCCCCUACUCAGGCGGAUCGAGUCUAGAAGCCAAUUUCUCCGCGCCGCAUGGUGGACUGACCAUCGACUUCGCGUUUAUGAAUAAAGUCCUGGAUAUCCACCCGGACGACAUGGACGUCGUGGUGCAGCCGUCGAUCCAGUGGAUGGAUCUGAAUGAGCAGAUCAAGGAGACGGGCUUGUUCUUUCCCGUUGACCCGGGUCCUUCUGCUAUGAUUGGUGGUAUGGUUGGUACGAAUUGCAGUGGUACCAAUGCUGUUCGGUAUGGUACUAUGAAGGACUGGGUGAUCAAUCUCACUGUUGUGUUGGCCGAUGGGCGGAUUAUCAAGACGCGGAAACGUCCCCGCAAAACCUCUGCUGGGUAUAACCUAACUGGGUUGUUUGUUGGGUCCGAGGGUACCCUGGGGAUUGUGACUGAAGCUACUUUGAAGCUCGCUCCGAUUCCUGAACAGACUCGUGUUGGUGUGGUUGCGUUCCCGACUAUUCGGGAUGCUGCUUCGACUGCUAUGCAACUGAUCCGGACGGGUGUGUCCGUCCAGUGUAUGGAGAUCAUGGAUGAUGUUCAGAUGGAUGUUAUCAACCGUGCUGGUGGAACCGGUCGUUCAUGGAAGGUCUCGCCAACGCUUUUCUUCAAAUUCUCUGGAACUACUGCAGGUGUGCAGGAUAGUAUUAACCUGACCACGAAGCUUGCGCAGAACAACAAUGCUGAGUCGUUUGAAUUUGCCCGCGAUGACCGCGAGGCCCAUGAUUUGUGGUCAGCACGGAAACAGUCCCUGUGGAGUAUGAUGGCACUGCGGAAAGAGGGAUCGGAGGUGUGGUCAACAGAUGUGGCAGUGCCCAUUUCUAGACUGCCUGAUAUCAUCGAAAUCUCCAAAAAGGAACUUGUCGAUCUCGGACUUUUCGCCAGUAUUCUUGGUCAUAUUGGUGACGGCAACUUCCACUCGAGCAUUAUGUAUAACCGAAAUGAUCCUGCUGAGAGGGAGCGAGUCGAGAAGGUAGUAUACGAUAUGGUUGACCGUGGGCUGGACAUGGAGGGCUCGUGCACGGGUGAACACGGUGUUGGACUGGGCAAGAAGGGAUCACUAAAGAAGGAACUCGGGCUGGAGACGAUCAAUGUUAUGCGCAGUGUCAAGCGGUCAUUAGAUCCAAACUGGCUCUUGAACCCUGGCAAGAUUUUUGACCACUCUGAUGAUGUCCCUGGUCCGGGUCAUUAA